AUGGGUGAUCUAAAUGAGCACGUCACACUUCUUAUACAAGCUGCAGAACACUCAAAGGCUGCCCAAGAUUACGACGCACAAGCUCAGUCAACUGAGGAUUACGUGGUACACCUUCUGACGGUGGCCAGCAAUGUUCUGGUGUUUGACAAGGGCAAUGAAAACCCUUUGACAACAUCGUUACUCAACUCUGUAAAAGAACUCAAAGAGAAAGCCGAAAAUGAGCUUUGUUUUUUAAUUGAAGAGCAUGAAACUAUCACAACUUGGACAAUACUUGAUGUCAAAUUGAUAAAUGGAAAUGAGAUUUUCUUGACAUUGGUUUCAGUUUAUUCUUUCUGACUCUUGUAUUUACUUUUAUAGAGAGCGCAGUCACUGGCCAUUCAGUCCAUUAUUUCUCUACCGAAAGGAUCUGGGAUAGUGAAUACUGCGACUGAGAAAUUUCUGCAGAAAAUUGAUGUCAAAAGACAAGCCUAA